AUGGCUUUUUUCCAAUUGGUACUGAAAGCUCAUCGUUUGGAAAAACUUCGUCGUUCAUACGAGUUGGAAAAAUUGCGAUCGAUCGAGCUUACGAAAGGUGCUAAAAGUUUAACUUGGAGUCAAAGAUUUCGUCGAAAAAAAUUGCGAUUGAAAAGAAAAGUGAAAAACUUUUGGAAAAGUGUAACAAGUUUUCCGGAAGAUUCGUGGUUUCAGAAAAAAGCUGUUUUAUUGUGUACCAAUGGUACCUUUGAAAAUUACAUAUUAAAAAGUAUAUUUGGAUUUUUCGGUGGUAUCUUUCUCACAUAUUUAUUCUUCUUGUUUUUUGUUGUACAAUUAAAUUUUUCAUUAACAUCGGCAACACUAUUAUGCUCGAUUAUUGGAGUAAUAUUAACUCUGGGAUUAUCAUUUUUUUCUGGAGUUCGAUGCGUUGUAUUUUUAUUAUUACCACAAUUUUUUUCAAAACGUGGCAGACAAGCACUGAUCGCAUACGCUUUUAUUUUAACACUAACUGGACCAGGAAAAAAUGUAUUAAGAAAUGUAAGCGUACUUACGGAAUCUUUGGUCUGUGGUCAGGAACAAUUGAAAGAAGCUGUUAAAUCCGUUUUGGAUAUAUUAAAGGAACCGUUUUAUGCUUUGAAAGAAGCUAUCAUGAAAGUAGUCAAAGCAGUGAGAAUUAUCGUAUCGAGGAUUAAAAAAACUUUCAUUGCAAUAAAAAGACUCGUUCUUAGUAUAAUCAAAGUAAUAACCGCAGUAUUUCAAUGGCUGGGUAGUGUAGUGAACAUAUGUAACAAAAAAUUAGGCACACCUUUCGAAAGAUGUCAAAGAGUUUUCGAAGGUGCCGUUGCCGAUUGUCGAGCCAAACUUGGCCCAUUUUUUGGUGGAAUUUGUGAUCUCGCGUAUAUCGUGAGUGUCAUUUGUUGGAUCGUUAAACCAUUAGAUUUUAUUUGUAUGUUAGUUUCAUACAUAGCCGAUACUAUAGUUGGUGCAGUAAAAAAAAAAAUAAGAAAAUUUACUCGACACAUGAAAACGAUGUUUUACGUAAAAGUCAAAUUUUCUCAUUCGUUUCAUUUUGUAACAAAUAAAACUAAAACUAUUCACGAAAUAUCUACAGACAUUGCAGCUGAAAUUAAUUCAAGAACAGAAAGAUUUAUUGCAGUUUUCGAUUGGGUCAAUUGUUUAACAGCUUUCUUUAUAUUUUUCAUGUUACUCAGAGUGUUGCAUUAUCGACAUAAAUGGUUAACUAGCGAAAGAUUUGACAAUAGAUAUAUUACAGAUGAUAUUCGUACGAUUGAUUUGAUAAGAGCAAAACAAGAUAAGGAAACGAUAUUACCAUUGAAUCAUCGUGAAAGAAAUCGUUAUGUAUCUGUCACGUCUAUUAGAUUAAUUAAAAUAGAAAGAAUUAAAUUAGCAAAAUCAGCAAUAUUUUUAUCUUUAUCUACUAUGAAAAUUUGUAUGCAUAUUGUUUCUGAUUACAGUCUUUAUUGGAUACUCAAUUUAAUUAGAUAUCAUGGUCGUAUCGAAACACAGAUAGAUCAGCCAAAUUCUGUUGGAGUAUACGUUUCAGGAACAGGUUUUCUUGCUGAAUUAUACAGAAGUAUUGUUAAAGCAUUUACACCACAUAUCAAAGAUAUCGAAAUAAGUUCAGUUCCGUGUUUACCUGAUCCAAUACCACCUAAUUACGAUGGAUAUAUCAGAAUUUUAUCUUUGGUAUUUUUUUGUUGGAUUAUGACAAUUUUUGAACCUUAUAGUCUUCGAUUGAGACAGAUUGUAAUGUGUCAGUAUCAUCCUGACAGAGCAAAACAACGUGCUACUUGGCUUUACAAUCACAUAAUGCGUUCAAGAGGUAGUUUUGUUAAAUACGCUAGACGACAAUUACGUAGAAAAUAUAGUAUCAGUGGUGAUACCAUAGAAAGGAUUACGUUGAAGCAACGUUUUAUGGCAAUUUGUCCAUUUUUAAAAUUAUGCUUUCCACAAAAGGAAGAAACAUGUUUAUUGUGUGGUGCUGUUAAAUAUGACGACAAUACUCACGUUAAAUGUCCAACACCAGGUUGCAUUGGAUUAUUUUGUUUAGAAUGUUUUAAGGAUUUACAAAAUAUUUGUACGAUUUGUCAAUCGCCAUUGGAAUACGGUGAUUUAUCGGAUAUGAGCGAGGAAAUACAAUAUGUAGGAGAACAAACUGAUGAAAAAGAAUUCGAAGAUUCCGAUGAAACCAGUUCUACUUCAACUUAUUCUUACAGUUACCAAGAUGAUUUGACCCGAGAACCAGAAAUUUGUCAACGAAAAUUACCAUUCAAAGAUUUGGAAGCUCAAAAAAUACGAGAUGACGUUACCAUUCAGAUAUUUAACGAUCCAAUUGCUAAAAGUAUAACAUUGAGCAGUGAUACAACACCAUCUUGUUUCGUUGUAAGAGCACAUAGAAAAGUUCGAAGUAGAUUAAAGAAAAAACCACGUACUUUGUUUCCAUGUGAUGAUAGUAAUUCGUCAAGUUCAUUAACAAAUUCUGAAUAUUGUCCAAGCGAGGAAAUAAAUGAGGAUGAAGUGAUACACAUUGAAUUAACGAAUGAUGAUGGUUCCAGAGAAUUAUUAAUUAAAAAUAAAUAUGAAAGUAAAGGACAAAAUCGGGUUAAACAAAUAAUUGCAGCAUUGACCAAAAUUCCAUGGCUUGGUAGUAGCGGAAGAAAAGGAUUGCAACCACGUAGACAAUCAUUGAUCAAACGAAUAAUUAAAAUGUUGAACGUUAAAGGUAGAUCAAAUUCACCUGUACAAACUUACAGACGUAUAAAAUGUAAAAGAAAACAUUUGGAAGAAAUAUUAUCGUCAACGUCAACGUUAAGUGACGAUAAUGACGGAUCUUAUUUAAUAAAUAAAAAUCAAGCGAAAAAAUGUAUACUCAAAUCAAGAAGAACUCAUCGUAACAUUGAAUGGGAGGAUCCUGAGGAUAUAAUUCAUGCUAAAAAUGAUAAAAAAGGAAAGAUUCUUUAUUCCACUCGUAAAGUGGAUGAUAAUAAUUGGCAAUAUCCUUGUGAAACAAAAUUUAUUACAAAAGAUUUACCAAGACAUUUAGAACCAAUUUCAAAGUGUGUGUCUUAUUAUGAAAUCGAUGAAACUGGGGAUUCACAAUCAUCUUGUAAAUGUGUUCGUAAAGGAAAUGACAUUAACAUUUUAUCCGAUGCAAGAACGUCAUCUAACAGUCGAAAAACUGAUACGUGGAAUAUCAUUGAAACCGAUCAAGUUACAGUGGAAGAUGAAGAAGAAACAAAGAAAAAAAAAUUGUAUCGUGUUAAAGAUAAGAUGAAGAAAAAAUUAGAUAAGAAAAAGAAUAUUAAUCAAACUCGAAAGAAAACUAUUGACAAAGUUGACACAGGAACUGAUCCUUUGGAUUAUGACAAAGCAGUACAAACGAAAAUAGUAAAACGUAGAAACAAACGAACUAAUGAACGUAAGAAAUCUGGAAAAUUGAAUAAAAUUAAUGACAAUUUAAAAACCAGAUUUACAGAAUCGAAAGAACAAAGAUGGAAAAAAUGUAUCGAGGAAUAUAAAAAACGUAAAAGAAAAACGUGUGACGAGUCUCAUCAAUUUCCUGAAAAUAAUGAAAGAGAAUUUAUGCAUGAAAGAAUUUAUCCUAAAGAAAAACAAAGACAAUUAAUUUCUGGUUUCAUACCGAUCGUUUAUCCUGAACAUUUGCAAAAUUACAAACCGUGUUUUGAUUUACACGAAAGAGAUCGUGAAAAAAUAUCGAAGCAAGAACAAACGAGUGAUAUUGGACCAAUUUUUCAGCAAUAUAAUUCACGAAUUAGUAAAUCUAAACGGGAUGACGAUAAAUCGCGAUAUUAUUAUAAAAAAUAUCGUGAUACUCGUCAACAUGAAGAUGAUCAACAAACUGAUGAUAGUAGACACCAAGAUUAUCGGUAUCAUCCGAAUGAAGAACAUGUUGAAGAAGAAAUUACUACUUGUACAGAAAAUAAAACUAAUUCUACAGAAAGUUUAUCACCAACUAUGAAAAGAUGCAAACGUGACGAGGAACAUUGUUAUAAACAAAAUAUUUAUCAUGCCGCAACAUCUCCAGAUAAAUUUCAUCCUCCUGUAAUUAGAAAAUAUUUGCCUAUGUAUCAAAGAUCGGAAUUGAUCGAAGAAUUAAAGGAACACGAUAGAAUGAGAUUGAUUAGGGAAAAGGAAGCUAUGAGAUGUGUUACUUCAAAUCCUUUGGAAUGUAGGAAGUUAUCAUUUAUUGCUAAAAUGAAAAAAGAACGAACUUUGAGCGAACCUUUCGUUGAUUGCGAUCGUGGAAAAUCAGUGAAUUACCCUGUAAUCAAAAAUGAAAAACUUCCUUAUCAAGAAACUAAAGCAUUUAAGGAAGUGACAAAAGAAUUUCGUAAACGAACUUUAUCUACGAAAAAAGAUGAAACUGUACCUUUAAUUUCACAAUCAAAAAAUGCAGAUAAAUCUAAAGAAGUCAAACAAUUGUUUCCACCAAAUGAAAAGAAUCUAAAAUCAUCUAACUUUGUUUCUGAUAUCACUCACAGAAUAGUCAAUGCAUUUAAACCAAUGCAUCAUCAUACAAAAUGUGUUAGAAAAAGUCCCGAAAUUCAUGAAAUGUCAUCGAAUGUUUACGAGCCACAAUGUAGAAGACAUUUAUCUGACGUUUCAUCUUCAUCAGAUGAUACAACAGAUAACAAUGAUUGGUAA